AUGACCACAGGAGUGACCAUCGGAGUGACCAUCAGAGUGACACGGCCUGACCCACAGCGCGGCCCUGGCCAGGCACAGGAACGUGACCACAGGAGUGACCAUCGGAGUGACCACAGCACUGACCGCAGCGCGGCCCUGGCCCGGCACCGGAGUGACCAUCAGAGUGACCAUCAGAGUGACCACCUGAGUGACCACAGCACUGACCACAGCAGUGCUCAGCCCGGCCGCUCUGGACAGACGGACAUGGGUCACGGUCAGCAGGACGGCUCAGGACACAGGAGUGACCAGGGCAGUGGUCAGCAGGAUGGUUCUGGACACAGGAGUGACCACGGCAGUGGUCAGCAGGAUGGUUCUGGACACAGGAGUGACCACAGCAGUGGUCAGCGGGGCCGUGGCAGUGGUCAGCAGAGAGGCUGCAGACAGCUGGACAUCAGCAAUGGUCAGCAGGAGCACGGCAGCGGUCAGAGGAGUGACCACAGACAGAGGAGUGACCACGGCAGUGGUCAGCGAGGUGGCCACAGACAGAGGAGUGACCAUGGCAGCGGUCAGCGGGAUGGCUCCGGACAGAGGAGUGACCAUGGCAGCGGUCAGCGGGACGGCUCCGGCCAGCCGGACAUUGAUGGCAAUGGCCAGAGGGUCAUCCAUGGCAGUGGUCAGCGGGCUUGUGGCAGUGGUCAUCGAGGUGGCUCCGGCCAGCCGGACAUCGACAGCGAUGACCAAAGAGCCAGCAGCGGUCAGCAGCACGGCAGCAGCGAUGACCACUCCGAUGACCACCCCAAUGACCUCCCCGAUGACCACUCGGACUCCCACCCCCUCAGCAGUGACCCCUCAGCUGACCACUGCCCCCUCACCUGCCCGGACUGCGGCCAAACCUCUCUGAGCUCCCACCUGCGGCGGCACCGCCACGCCCACCCCGCGCUGACCGACACCUGCGGUCACUCUGCGGCCACGCUGACCGACACCUGCGGUCACUCUGCGGCCACGCUGACCGACACCUGCCGUACCUGUGGUCAUUCUCCAACCACGCUGACCAACACUGGCCAUGGCCGUGGUCACUCUCCAGCCACACUGACCGACACCUGCUGUACCUGUGGUCACUCUCUGGCCGCACUCACCGACACUGACCAUGGCCGUGGUCACUCUCCAGCCACGCUGACUGACACUGGUCGUGGUCACUCUCCAGCCACACUGACCAACACCCGUGGUCACUCUCUGGCCAUACCGGGCCCAGCCCGCCCCAAACCCCUCAAGGUCCGGCCCCGUCGUUGCCGUGCUGGCCGUGCUGACCACACUGACCGCUCUGGCCCUGCUGGCCGUGCUGGCCCCACUGACCACUCUGGCCACUCUGGUCCCGCUGACCACUCUGACUGCUCUGGCCAUGCUGACCGCUCUGGCCAUAAUGGCCCCUCUGACCGCUCUGGCCGCACUGACCACUCUGGCCCCGCUGGCCGCUCUGGCCAUAAUUGCCCCUCUGGCCGCACUGACCGCUCUGGCCGCACUGACCGCUCCGGCCGCUCAGGCCCCACUGACCGCUCCGGCCGCUCAGGCCCCCGGCCGGGCCGUCCGAGCCCCCUGGGCAUCCCCAACACGUGCGGGGAGUGCUGGCAGAGCUUCAGCCAGAGCUCGGACCUGGUGAAGCACCUGCGCAUCCACACGGGCGAGAAGCCGUACGCCUGCGGGCACUGCGGCAAGCGCUUCAACGUCAGCUCCAACCUGAUCCGCCACCGCCGCAUCCACACCGGCGAGCGCCCCUACGGCUGCGCCGACUGUGGCAAGAGCUUCACCGACAAGUCCACGCUGACGCAGCACCGGCGCACGCACACCGGCGAGCGGCCCUACGCCUGCGGGCUCUGCGGCAAGAGCUUCAGCCGCAGCUCGCACCACAAGCGCCACCAGCGCACCCACGCCGCGGGAACUGGGGGAACUGGGAGCACUGGGGCGCUGCCGCGGGGCUGGGGCUUCCCCAGCCAGGCUUGCUGA